AUGGUUCAAGGCAAAAUCAACGAGAUCCACGGCUGGGCAGCCAUGAAGCCCGGAAUCAAAGUCGAGCCCUUCACGUACAAGCCUCGCGCAAUCGGCGACACCGACGUCGAAAUCAAAUCGAAUACAGCGGAGGAAUGGGGAGGAACCAUGUACCCAGUGAUUGUCGGCCAUGAGAUUAUCGGCAAGGUGAUAACCAAGGGUCCCAAGGUGACGCACCUCGAGGAGGGCGAUCUCGUCGGUGUCGGCGCCCAGGCUCAUGCAUGCCUCGAGGAUAGCUGCAAUCCCUGCAGCCGCAAUCUCGACCCCCACUGCCCCAAGGGCGUGCUGACGUAUAAUUCAAAGUACCCCGAUGGCGAGCAGGCCCAGGGCGGGUACGCUGAGGCUGUGCGCGUUGACGCCAAUUAUGCGUUCAAGAUCCCUGAGGCCAUCGAUCCUGCGCAUGCUGCACCCCUGAUGUGCGCCGGCACAACGGUGUUCGCCCCCAUGCUACGCAAGGGUGUCAAGAAGGGCGACCGUGUCGGUGUCAUUGGCAUUGGAGGUCUGGGCCAUCUCGCCAUCCAGUACGCGCAUGCUCUGGGUGCCGAGGUCAUUGCCUUUUCGCAUUCGGCUGAUAAGCAUGAGCAGUGCAUAAAACUGGGCGCCACCAAGUUUGUCAACACGGGCAUCAAGGAGGACGUCGAGAAGGCCAGUCGCUCGCUCGAUUACCUGUUCGUCACGUCCAAUUCGAAAUCCAACCAGUACAAUGAGUUUAUCUCGUGGAUGGAUUACGAGGGCCAGAUCGUUUUGCUGGCGGUUCCUGAGGGCCAUAUGCAGUUUUCGCCGUUUGAUUUUAUUUUCAGCGAGGUGGCUAUCACCGGGUCGAUGAUCGGCGGCGUCAAUAUCAUCAAGAGGACGCUCGAGUUUGCUGCCAAGCACAAUAUCCGCCCAAUUAUCGAAAAGUACCCGAUUGACCAGGUCAACGAGGCCCUCGAGCGCAUGGAUGCAGGCAAGGCGCGCUAUCGCAUUGUCCUGACGCACUAA